AUGCUCGGCGCAGGCACAUAUGGUAUUGUCCGCGAGGCAGAUGGCCCGACCGGAAAGGUCGCCAUCAAGGUCAUCCUGAAAAAGAAUGUCAAGGGUAACGAACAGAUGGUCUACGACGAGUUGAAUCUCCUCCAAAAUCUGAAGCAUUCGCAUAUUGUCCGCUUUGUGGACUGGUUUGAAUCGAGGGAUAAAUACUACAUUGUCACGGAGCUUGCUACGGGCGGCGAGCUGUUCGAUCGAAUUUGUGAGCAGGGCAAGUUCACCGAGAAGGAUGCAUCGCAGACCAUCAAACAGGUUCUCAGUGCGGUUGACUACCUGCACAAGAAUAACGUCGUGCAUCGAGACCUGAAACCAGAAAACCUUUUGUACCUUACAAAGCAGCCUGACUCCGACUUGGUUUUGGCUGAUUUCGGCAUCGCCAAGAUGCUGGACAGCAAGGACGAGGUCUUGACCACGAUGGCAGGCUCGUUCGGCUACGCCGCGCCCGAGGUCAUGCUCAAAAAGGGCCACGGAAAGCCCGUCGACAUGUGGUCAAUGGGUGUCAUAACGUACACCCUCUUGUGCGGUUAUUCGCCUUUCCGUUCCGAAAACCUGCCCGACCUGAUCGAGGAGUGCACAUCUGCCCGUGUCAUCUUCCACGAGCGCUAUUGGAAGGACGUUAGUGAGGACGCCAAAGACUUCAUUAUUGGCCUACUUCAGCCAAACCCGGAUGACCGCUGGAGUAGCGGGGAUGCGCUGAAGCACAAGUGGCUGAGCGGCGAGAGUGCCACUGAGCACAACUUGCUGCCAGAGAUCAAGGCCUACAUGGCAAAGGCUCGCCUGCGCAGAGGCAUCGAACUCGUCAAGCUUACUAACCGUAUUGAGGCUCUCAAGAUGCAGGAAGACGACCCCGAAAACUCUGAUAUGCAGACUGAUACAGCAGCACCACUCCAGAAAGCGGCCGCUGCAGCAGCUGCCCAGAACGACGGAGCUUCUGGCAGCGUCGGCGCUGAGAGCGGUCCCACCGACAAAACUAAACAGACAAUUCAAAAGGUAAAGGGAGCCAUCUUCCGGGAGGUUGUCAUGGCCAAGGUCCGCGAAAUGCGCCAGCAGGAAGAGGUGCGCAAGGAGGUCGAAGAGGCCAGCAAGCAGGGCUCACCUUGA